AGGCUUUUCAGAGUUUAUCACAGCGCUGGAAAAUGAAUUUCGUUAAAAGCAAAGUAAGAAUGGCUUUCUUUGGGUUGAUAAUAGCUUCAGUGGCAAUAGUUCACCAUGUGAAAGCCAACUCCAGUGCUGACUCCAAACAAAACUGCAAAGAAUAUCCUUCUUCUAGAGAUAAUGGCAACAAAAUUCAAUGUCCCAUGAUCGACUCCAAUAGCACCAAUAUCACCGAUACCGAAUUGGAAAGAGGUAAAGCUGGAAACAAAAGACAGACUGAAAGUCGUAUUCUGCUGACUUAUUGCCUGGUGACGUCAUGCCUGUUACUGGAAGUCUUGAUUUGCGUGGUGUUGCAACUUGGUCUGCGAAAAAAACGCAGUCAGACACGACCCGAGAGACAAGAUGCUGAAAACACUUCACUUAUUGUAACCAACCCUAUCUAUCAGUCAGGCCUUCAGCUCCCGUGCAUCUCUGAUCCUUUACCAAUUACUCAUCAAGGACCCUACCAGCCCCUGAUAGCGAACACCAGUCAGCGCGGGGUGAGUUCUGAAUAUCGCGCACUGGAAGGCGGACAUAGAGACGAUCAGAGGGUUGGCGUUCCUGUGGACAUCACAGACUACCAAGAUCUUGACCAAACCAAACCGAGAGACAAAUAUGAGUCCUUGUUAGUUGUUGGUAGCUCUUCGGAGGACGGAAAAUGCAUUAAGGAUAACAGACAAUAUGAUGAACCUAAUCUUCAAGAAACCUUGAAAGAGACUGACGCAAAACCUUCACGUUCACGCGUGCUUGGUGUUAGGACCUCCUCUCCCCCGAGUAAACACAGCCCAACUCGUGCAAGUCAGUUGGACAAAUCCACUAAGGGGCCAUUGCACCACACUUUGCGUUUGGAAGUCACAACUGAAAAGGAACCUUGUGCGCUGGCACGAAACAUUUGCAAUGUCCCACAAGAAACGGAAGAUAAAAUGUACUGCGUCAUCAAAGAACUGGAGACUACCGUAAACACGAGGGCACUUAAUGGUCAGGACGCGGGAGAGCCUUUGUAUUAUGUCCUCGAGGGACCAUAUCCCAGUCCAGAAUCUAACCGAGAUCCUAUGCAUUGUGUUGUCAAGGAACUAGAAAGUCUCAACGAAAAUCGCCCCAAGAGGGCACCUUCUGACGAUUUCACCGUAGAACCAUUGUAUGUCCCCGAAAGCUCAGAGGAUACAGAAGACAAAAGCUCAGAAGAGGAACCAAACCCGUAGUUAUAACUAUUCAAUUUAAAAUUAAAGCGCUAUUCGACGCGUUUAUUAUCGGCAGAUAAAUAGACGAGUGAAUUUCACACUGAACAGUCUGUGACAGUGUCAGAAAUACCUGCUUUAUAAGGACUUUGCGAAGAUGAAUUUUUGCCUCAACAGUAGCUUUAUUCGUUCAGUUGUACCAUGCUAUCAAAUAAUUAACAACUAUUGGACGAGGUUGAGCAAAGGAUCUUGAUUUUUCAGAGGAGGGCCUUCGGCUAAGGCAAAUAAUUGAUCUGCGAUACACAGACAAAUAACGAUAUUUUGCAACAACCGAGUUCAAUAACUGUUUUAUCAUUCGAUCACCAAAUUUGUUUUCUUAUUUAAAUCACUCUCUGACAGCUCAGGGGAGUAAUCUGCCAUUGUUUACCUGAUAUCAUGGUUACAAUUACGCAUGAGCAGAAUAUUAUUUACAGCAAAACACAUUCAGACGGUACUACGCGUGAGCGGGCCAUUAUUUGUAGGCAGUUAUUAUCUGUAGGUCAUGUAGUUGGCUCUCGGCCAAUGAAAAGGACGGAAAAAUUGCAUCAAAUGAUUAAUUCUCAGCGUUUUCGCACGAGACAAUUAGACUUUAAUGCGAUCUCGAUUCAAACGUAAAGCAACUGAGAACGUGACGGAUUUUAAAAUUAUUUUAUUAGAAUUCUAAAUUAUUGGAAUUGUAGAAUUGUAGAACUAUUAUAUUAUUACUGAUCAUGUUUCUGUUUUUCUUAAACUUUUAGCUAGAUACACGACCCCACAAGCACACCUAUUGCUUUAAACCAAAUCGUGUUUAAAUGAAGGAUUGUUGUUUUUAUUGUUGUUGCUGCAUAAGGUCGAGGAUAUUUUGCGGCCAUUGAUGUAUUUUACCAGAUGAGAUUAUCUCAGUGUUUAGCUCAAGCUGUAUUUUUAAAAUAACUGCAACGUGAUUAGUUCCUAAAUAUUUGCUGCCUCUGCCUGCAGAGGAUAACCUGACCAAUCAGAGUAGGUGAAUUCCAUUGAUUGUCGAAUAAAUAUGUAAUAAACUUAGUGCAACAUGGAAAUUUGUUUUGUGAUGACAUAGCUUACAACGCCGCAAUAUCAGAUUAAGUAUCCGUGAAAGUGCAUUAUAAUCCAACGCUCAUGAUGCGAGCAAAGUUAACUUCGCCUCGUUAUUUACAUUACCAAUGUUAUAAAAGAAUUGAUUCAUGCUUUUAGCUGUGCGUAUAUCGAGUUCUGAUGCACUUAGGAAAUUUAGAGAGAACCCGAGAAACUAGAUUUCCCUCCCGGCUGUGCGUCGAGCAAGUCUUGUGCUUCUUUCGUGUUCUCCAUACUUAACGCGUGCGAUGCACACUAAAGCGUGAAACAAAUGUUACCUAGUUCUCUGCUGUUUCAGCCCCGCAUCUGUUCUUGCAAUGCAAUGUGCAAAGCAACAAGCACGGUAUCAUAAAAAGUUACUUACAGAGGGCGGAGGCUUAAUAAGGGGACCUUUUCUCGUGUGGUGGGGACGAGGAAAGCUUUAAACCCAAACGGAAUUUUCUUACGAAGCCGAUGGAUGUAUAAAUGGAAAAAAAAACUUAUUUGAUGCGCUUUUGGCUUGACCCUUCUUCGGUGUGCUGAAAAGGGCGAGCUGCGCGAUACAAAAGACGUAUAACUAGGAACGCGCACAUGGAAACAGCGCGCUUGAAACAUAGAAUUAGUCGAGCUCUCUGUGCAAUUUGUGAUGCGGAGUAAGAUUGGCACGAGCAAAAAGCAUGAACAAACCUCUCGACAAACCGGAACCAUUUUUUCGAGGCACCAGUGGCGUAUUUUUAAAGACUUUUUUUGAUUUUUCUUCCCCACAACUCAAUACGUUUAUGUCCAUUAGAAUCUUGGUUAAAUAUUUUCGUUGUAAGCUGCUCAAAUUUGGGUCUUGAAAACGCGAACUGCGCCAUAUCAAUACCUUCUCUUAUCUUUUAGUGCGUGCAUGCAUGAUACGAGCGAGAAACGCAGUCUAAGGAAACUAACGUUUAUGUACAGUCUGCUGGGUCUAUAACCGGUCAUGACCGGUUCAACUGGUUCCUACUAAUGCGACCAAAGACCUUACAAAACUUACAAAUGCCAUAACAAUUACAAGUGUACAAAUUCUGAAUUAAGGAAAUAUUUGAUUGUGUUAUCUCUUGUUUACAAAAGUGAUAUUUCUUCUAAUCAGUUUGCUUAUCCAGGUAAACUGAUCUCCAGUACUUAUAUUCCUACAAAUUGAGGAUACUAUCCUCCAAUAAAUUACAUUCUUAAAUUUCAUAAAAUUGACUUACUUUCAUAGAAAACGUCCUAUUAAUUGAUUUGCUUGAUAUUGUAUUCUUACUACAAAGGUAAGACAUAAUAUAGUAAAUGAAUUGAAAUUGCAACGGUUUAGGAUGAAAUGUAUUUUUACACUCCUGUGAUUUAUUCUGCCUAAAGAGGUAUCCCGCUAACUAUACGUCCCUCGUUCAUUUGAACUGCAAACUGAGUAUCAUUUGCAUUUUGAGUUUUUUGCUCAUUUCUACUGAAUAUCAUUGGUCCAUGUUCAUCUGUUUUUUUUUUGUUGGCCUCAUUACAGUGCGUUCACGUGACAUCCCCUUGUUGUUCACGUGGUGUUCACGAUGUGUUCA